AUGGCCCGAGACAGAUUAGCUGCCAUGCGUAACGCUAAUCAACCUAAUGACUCUGAAUACUAUGAAGACGUCUACGAUUCCUAUGGUGAACCACCUGCUGCACCAGCAUAUCGAGUCCAGCCCCCUGCGGGUCGUCGGGCACCCCCCAGAAACGGAUUACCGAAUGGCCCUGGACAGUUCAAUCGACCUUCUCCUUCGGGCUCGAUGGAUGAAAAACCAGAUUAUGAUGAUUACUACGAAGAAUCUCAACAGCCAAGCGGCCGUCAUCCUACCGGAAACUUUGAGCCCCCGAUGGAAAUGAAGCCGGUCUCGAGAGCUCCACCUUCGAAUUGGGAUUCCAAAGGCCCCAGGGAAGUCUCCUCGACCGAAGAGUUCUUCGACUCGAUUGCCAACCUUCAAGUGGACCUCAAGGAACUCUCACAGAUGAUCAGCGAGAUGAGCGAUCUUUCGAAGCGAUCCCUGGACGCCUCAUCCGAGUCAGAUCGUGAACAACUCCAAGACGAACUGGCCCAGCUGAGCGACGACAUUCGCAGAUUAUCAGCCCAGAUCAAACAAGCCAUCCAGUCCUUCGAAGCCGAUCACAGUCUGCUCCGUCAACGUGGAGACCCCGAUGGAAACCUCUCGGUCCGGAUGGACCAGCUCGCCGCGCUCAAGAAGCGGUUCAUCGAGACCGUCCAACGCUAUGCUGAAGUCGAACAAGCCGCCAGACGGUCCAUGAAGUCCCGCAUCGAACGUCAAGUCAGGAUCGUCAAGCCUGAUGCCACUCCGGAAGAGGUUCGGGCGGCGGUGGAAGACCAAGUCAACGGCGGCGGAGCCGUCUUCCAACAAGCUCUUGCUAGCUCUAAUCGAAUGGGAUCCGCCCGAAACGCUCUCAAAGAAGUCCAAUCUCGUGCCGAGGACAUCAAACGUAUCGAGCAGACCAUCUCGGAGCUAGCCCAGAUUUUUAAUGAUUUAAGCACCCCCAUUCAUAAACCCGCUAUGGCUACCAUGGUCGAAGAACAAGACGUCAAAGUGCAACACAUCGAGAAACAGGCUGAGGUCGCUAAUCAAGACAUGGAGGAAGCGACCACCGAAUUGAAGACCGCCGUUGUUUCUGCACAAGGCGCCCGAAAGAAACGGAAAUGUUGUUGCAUCAUCAUAGCCGUCCUGAUCAUUGUUCUGGGAGGAGGAGGGGCGGCAUUUGCGCUGUACAAGACCGGCGUCAUCCCGGGCUUUGGGACCUCGCCAUCCGCAGCUACUGCAACCAAUGGCACUCAUACUGCUUCCGCUAACUCCACGUCUCCUUAUUCCGGCACAUCAACCGGCUCGUCCACUUCCUCAACUACCUCCAAACUUCCUUCCUCUUAAUCUCUCUCUCUCUCUCUCUCUCCAUCCUCGCCCCUUUCUCCUAUUAUCCCUUGUAUCCUCUUCUCUUCACUCGCACUUCAACCUCGUUUUUAUUCCUCAAAGGGUUUCUCUACUCCUUUUCUGUUGUUGCUUGCUAUCUCUUUUUUUUUUUU